GCCCAGAUCUCUUCAAGAAUCUUUAAAGAACAGUGUAUAACCAGCGAUGAGUAACAGGACUCUUCUCCGAAUACAAAAAGAAUUGCAUGACAUUCAAAAGGACCCGGAGCAUCAGUUUCAUGUUUGGUAUAAUGAUGAAAACAUCACCCAUGUCCAUGCCCUUAUAUUAGGCCCACCAAAAACCCCCUAUUGCUUGGGAAUGUUUGUGAGUUGUGUUCCAUUGACGGUCAAACGGGGUUGCACGGUUUAAUGCCAUGCAUAGGAUUUUGUGUUUAAUAUGGGGGAGGACUAUCCGCAAGGUCCACCCAAAGUCACCGCCAUGACGACUGGCUUCGGGCGUGUUAGAUUCAAUCCCAAUAUAUAUUCCAACGGGAAAGUGUGUCUAAGCAUCUUGGGGACCUGGGAGGCGAGAAAGGCGGGCGAGAAGUGGAGUGCUGCUCAUGGGAUUCUGUCAGUCCUAAUUUCUAUACAGUCCCUACUUUCUGAUAAGCCAUUCCACAACGAACCUGGGCACGAGCAUGAGACAGAUGAGACUGUAAUUGAGGAAUACAAUCAGAAGAUAAAGCACGAAACGUUACGGGUGUCAUUAUGUGAUCGCCUCGAAGAGUAUCUAGGCUGGACCACCAGUAAUGAUUCUAAUAGGCGGGAAGGUAGCAAAUCAAUCAAGCGCAGCUUUUGCAACUGUCAGUCACAAUCUCCGUUCAUCGACAUUGUGAAGAGGAUGUUCCUCAUGUACUAUGACAUAUACCUGGAUGUGGUCGACGUUGAGUCGACAAAAGUACGAGACGGGACCGCAUUCAAGCUGGCCAGGUUUGAGUUUGGGAACAACUUGAUGGAUGGGCACUAUCAAUAUUCCUCGAUUCGAACGCGGUUGGAAGCGAUACAAAAAGCCUUGCUGGCAGAAACGACACAGUGGAUACGAGAAUCUCGGCAGUGGUUAACGAGCGAAACUACAACUGCAAGCAACCUGCGAAGUCAAUUCGAUCAGAUAACAGCGUCGAGAGAAUACGAUGGUUCCAUUCUGCUGGAACUUGAAGAGGACAAUCCUUUCUCCUGGUCCGUGACGAUUAUAGGCAUGCCCAUGACACAGUUUGACGGCGGAAUGUUUCGUGCUCAAAUCGUCUUCCACGACUCAUUUCCUGAGGUCGCCCCACGAAUUCGCUUUGUCUGUGAAAUGUUUCACCCACAAGUUACACGAGAUGGUGUUCCGUACUACCGUGUUCAACGACCGGAGGAUGUGCGACAGUACCUUGACGCACUGAAGAAACUGGUAUCGGAAGAGCCUUUGGCAGAUCCAACAACGCACCUCAACCCUAAAGCGGCCAUGCUAUAUUGGGGAACAAAGGAGCAGCGCAGAGAUUACAACAGGAACGCAAGACGAGCUGCUCAGAGAAGCGCUGAAUAUUAAAUUACCACUAAUUGCAUAGUAAAGAGACGUCGCCUUUUUUUGCUGAUGGUUCUUGUUACAUAUUUUUUCUUUCGUAUACCGUCGGUCGUAUGUCAGACUAGGAGAGAUAAAAAGUGUACAGCAGCAGUAUUUUUGUCAUCCUGGUGCCUUGUAUUGCAAUUCAAUUCAGUUGUUUAGUGUAGAGGUGACAGAAACUGGCACUAGCUACUACACCAG